AUGUCUCAACAAAAGUCCGCUAUCAUUUCCGUCUAUGACAAGACUGGUUUGCUUGACCUGGCCAAGGGCCUGGUCAAGCAGGAAGUCCGUCUUCUCGCGUCUGGCGGUACUGCUAAGAUGAUUCGUGAGGCUGGAUUCCCCGUCGAGGAUGUCUCCGCCAUCACCCACGCCCCCGAGAUGCUUGGUGGUCGUGUCAAGACCCUCCACCCCGCCGUGCACGGUGGUAUCCUCGCCCGUGAUAUCGAGUCUGACGAGAAGGAUCUCGCCGAGCAGAAGAUCUCCAAGGUCGAUUAUGUCGUCUGCAACUUGUACCCCUUCAAGGAGACCGUCGCCAAGGUCAACGUCACCAUCGAUGAGGCCGUGGAGGAGAUCGAUAUUGGUGGAGUGACUCUGCUCCGCGCUGCGGCCAAGAACCACAAGCGUGUGACCAUCCUGUCAGACCCCCGCGAUUACUCCGACUUCCUCAAGGAGCUCGAGGCCGGCGAGAUCAACGACGCUAGCCGCAAGCAGUACGCCCUCAAGGCGUUCGAGCAGACUGCCGAUUACGACUCUGCUAUCUCAGGCUUCUUCCGCAAGGAGUAUGCCGGCAACGGUCUGCAGCAGAUCUCGCUGCGCUACGGUACCAACCCCCACCAGAAGCCCGCCUCUGCCUACAUGGCUCAGGGCCAGCUGCCCUUCAAGGUCCUCAACGGAUCUCCUGGCUACGUUAACUUGCUCGAUGCCCUGAACGCCUGGCCCCUGGUCAAGGAACUCAAGCAAGCCCUUGGCUUCCCCGCCGCUGCCAGCUUCAAGCACGUUUCCCCCGCCGGUGCCGCUAUCGGUGUGCCCCUGAACGAGAAGGAGCGCAAGGUGUACAUGGUUGAUGAUAUCAAGGAUAUCGAAACCUCCGGUCUGGCUCAGGCUUACGCCCGUGCCCGUGGUGCCGACCGCAUGUCCAGCUUCGGUGACAUUCUAGCCCUCAGUGACAUCGUCGAUGUCCCCACAGCCAAGAUCAUCUCACGUGAGGUGUCCGACGGUGUCAUCGCCGCCGGCUACGAGCCCGAGGCUCUGGCCAUCCUCUCCAAGAAGAAGGGCGGCAAGUACCUUGUCCUCCAGAUGGACGAGGAUUACACCCCCGCCCCCGAGGAAACCCGCACCCUGUACGGUGUCCAGCUGACCCAGCACCGCAACGAUGUUGUCAUCUCCCCCAGCAAGACCUUCAACACCGUCAUCACCCCCAAGAACACCACCUCCCUUCCUGAGGCUGCUCUCCGUGAUCUGACUGUCGCCACCAUUGCCCUCAAGUACACUCAGUCCAACUCCGUCUGCUACGCCCUGAACGGCCAGAUCAUCGGCCUGGGCGCUGGCCAGCAGAGCCGUAUCCACUGCACCCGUCUAGCCGGUGACAAGGCUGACAACUGGUGGAUGCGCUUCCACGACCGCGUCAUCGGCAUCAAGUGGAAGCAAGGCACCAAGCACCCCCGUACCGAUGCCGAGACUGCCGAGUACGAGCGUGUCUUCGAGGAGGUCCCCGCUCCUUUCACCCAGGAGGAGCGUGAGUCUUGGCUCGAGAAGCUCAGCGAGGUCGCUGUCUCAUCCGAUGCCUUCUUCCCCUUCAUCGACAAUGUCUUCCGUGCCGCUCGCUCAGGCGUCAAGUACAUUGCCGCUCCCACUGGCAGCCAGAAUGAUACCCCGGUCUUCGAGACUGCUGAGAAGCUGGGCAUCACCUUCAUCGAGCAGGGCACCCGUCUCUUCCACCACUAG